CAGGGAAGGACUCUCGUCUCCUUGUCUUCAGGAUGAGCGCUGUACAAAAUGGCAUAGAAGCAAAGCAGAUGGCAAAGAGCAAAUAUGACUGCAGAGAAAAUAAACUUGAGAAAACAAAAGGCUGCCAUUUGUAUGCCAUUAAUACUCACCACAGCAGUGAACUGAGGAUUGUUGUGGCUAUUAGGAACAAACUUCUUCUCAUCACAAAGAAAUACAAUCAAGGCAACGAUUUAACCAGUUUCUGUUUGAUGUCACCACUGUCUGAAUCACCAGUGGAGGAAUUCCAGUACAUCAGGGAGAUUUGUCUCUCUGACCCUCCAGUGAUCAUGACUCUGGUGGAUGGACCUACUGGAGACAAUGACAAUACGAUCUGUGUAGCAUAUCGGCAUCAGUUUGAUAUAGUUAACGAAAGUACUGGGGAGUCCUACAGGUUACAUCAUGUUGAAGCAAGCAGGGUUAAUUUUGUUGCAGCUAUUGAUGUAUAUGAAGACGGUGAAGCUGGUCUACUGUUGUGUUAUAACUAUGUCUGCUACUACAGAAAGGUAUGCCCCUAUAAUGGGGGUACUCCUUUGGUCCAGACAUCAGCAUCAGACUUCCACUUUAGUUGGAACCAGGUUCCUUAUGCCACUGUUUGUGCUUUCCCUUAUAUCCUGGCUUUCACUACUGAUUCCAUAGAGAUACGAUUAGUGGUGAAUGGAAACCUAGUCCACACAGCUGUGGUGCCUGAACUUCAACUUGUUGCAUCAAGGUCAGAUAUUUAUUUUAAAGCUACUGGAACAGUCAGUGGAUCAUCCAAUAGCAGUUCCAAGGAAACUAGUUCAAACAGUUCUCCUCAGACUCCAACAGCUCAUGAAAUGCCAGAAUUUCCUUCUUCCUCAGCGGAAGGUGAAGUUCAGUAUAAAAACUUAUACAAAAUUCCUCUCAGUAACCUGGUUGGGAGGAGCAUUGAACGACCUCUGAAGUCACCAUUAGUCCCCAAGGCCAUCAUCACCUCAACUUCCAGUGUUACUGCCUCAGCUCCUGUCAGUCACUCAUUAUCUUUGUCUCGUAUGGAAAUUAAAGAAAUUGCAAGCAGGACACGCAAAGAACUGCUGGGCCUCUUGGAUGAGAAAGUUCCCAAAUCAGAAGUAGCACAGAAGCAAAAGAAGGUUCCUCGAAAACCAUCAGACCACAAGCAGGGAGCAAUAAGGUCAACAAGCAGUGACAGAAUAAUUUCAAGCUCUUUUGAAAGCAGUUCUGAAGGGCGUCACCUUUCCACUAGUUCAGAUCCUGAUACUGCAGCAAACCGGGAGGAGAGCCCACCAUCUAGCAGUCCAUUUCAUCUCACUACUUCAUUUGAUGAAGACGUCAUUGACUUGAAGUGAAGACAAUCUUAAGUCCCUUAUUUUCUCCUUUUCCUUUUCUUAUGACUCUGAAGGCCUUAUAGCAAUGUCACAACACUGCUUUUAGUGAUAACAUAUGGCUGGAAAUAGAGUUGGUGAAUAUUCUCUACAGAACCAAACUGGGUGAAGCUUUUUUCCCGUCCUUAUGUUUACCUUUCUCAGUUAAAGAACCAGUGGUUUGUACUGUAGCAAGGUGGUAGAUAUCAAUGGUAGUUUUAGGAUGGUAAUUUUAAGUAAAUAAAAGGAUUCAUUUUUAUUCCCUCUGAACUUAUGUUUGGAGUACGUGAAUGAGAGUAACACUUAGCUGUGUUAUUUACAGCCGCUGAUAUUACAAAUUGUUCCAUAGCACAGUGUGUCAUGUAGAAAGAUGAUCUUUAUAAAGAAAAUUAAUUUAUUCCAAUUUUUUUAAAAGAUAAAAACAAACUUGUGACAAAGUUCUUUUCAGCCAGGAUCAUCUAUCCCUGAAGUGGUACUGUUCUGUUAUAAUGUUUACUGAAGAACUAAGGAUAUUCUAUGAAGAUCAGGUAAGAUA